AUGUACCCUGAAGCUAGAAAUUUGAGGUAUGGAGAGUUUCCACAGAAAUUUUUCUAUAAGGAAAAAGCUCGCUGUUGGAUGCCGAGAAAGAUAGGAUUCUCGAUCGGAAGGGUUACCAAUGUACCGCCGGGCAUGGGUGAGGACUAUUACUUGAGACUGUUGUUGAACUUUCAAAGAGGUUGGACGUGUUACGAUGAUCUUAGGAAAGUCGAGGAUCACGUCUACCCAACUUUCAAAGAUGCGUGCUUUGCGCUUGGACUACUAGAUGACGACAAGGAGUACAUAGCUGGCAUAAAUGAGGCAAACAAGUGGGCCAGUGGUGACUAUGUGAGACGAUUAUUCGUCGUACUUUUGGUCGCAAAUAAUAUGAGCAGACCGGAACAUGUGUGGGAGUGUUGCUGGAAAGAAUUCACCGAGGAUAUUGCGUACAGACUGCAACAAUGUCGUACUAAUUCAGGUUCACCUGUGUCAGACGAUACUCUGAGAAACUACGCUUUGAUCGAAAUAGAAAAUAUAUUGCAAAGCAACAGCAAAAGGCUGAGUAACUUUCCCCCAAUGCUGAUUCCAAUUGGGUCGAUGUCGGACGACACGGUAAAUAGAUUAGUUCUCGACGAGUUGGACUAUGACGUUGAUGCUAUGCGUGAAGAACUUAAAAAAUACCUUUCAUCCAUUACUGAUGAGCAGAAAAAAGUGUUCGAUGAUAUCAUGGAUGCUGUUACAAAUGACAGAGGUGGACUGUUCUUUUUUUAUGGGCAUGGAGGAACGGGAAAGACUUUCAUAUGGAAAACUUUAUCGGCUGCUAUUCGUUCAAAAGGAGAAAUAGUUAUAAAUGUUGCUUCCAGUGGUAUUGCUUCGCUUCUACUUCCAGGUGGCAGAACUGCUCAUUCUAGAUUUGAACUGCCAAUAAUUGUACAUGAGAGCUCCACAUGCAGCAUCAAACAACAGAGCCCACAGGCAGAAUUGUUGUCUAGAGCAAAACUAAUCAUAUGGGACGAGGCACCGAUGAUGCACAUGUACUGUUUCGAAUCACUCGACAAAACAAUGAAAUCUAUACUUGAUUCAGAUAUGCCAUUCGGAGGCAAGGUUGUAGUGCUUGGAGGGGACUUUCGGCAAAUUCUGCCAGUUGUGUUGAAAGCAUCGAGACAAGACAUUGUGCAUGCUACAAUCAAUUCAUCACCGUUGUGGAGACAAUGCAAGGUUAUGAAGUUAAACAAGAACAUGAGACUUGAGUCGUCCUCCUCUUCAGCCAAUGAAGAUGAAAUAAGAGAAUUUGCGGACUGGAUAUUGAGAAUCGGCAAUGGCGAUGCUGGCGAAAUAAAUGACGGUGAUGCCACAAUUGAAAUUCCCGAUGACAUGCUGAUUCGGAAUUCUGCAGAUCCCUUUCUGGAUCUUAUAGAGUUUGUCUAUCCCGAUCUGGUGACCAACCUUUUCACUCCCGAGUAUUUCGAAGGCAGAGCAAUCCUUGCACCCACUAAUGAAAGUGUCGGUUUUGUGAACGAUCAUUUUUUGUCGAUCAUACCUGGAGAGGAGAAGGUCUAUUUCAGCUCAGAUAGUAUGUGCAAGGAGGAGUUGUUAUCGGAUGUCAACGCAGAAAUAUACUCACCGGAGUUUCUCAACACCAUAUCAUGUUCCGGAAUUUCACCGCAUAAGUUGACAUUGAAAAGAGGUGUUCCCGUUAUGCUCAUCAGAAAUAUCGAUCAGGCCAGAGGAUUGUGCAAUGGAACAAGGCUUCAUAUUAUUAAUAUGGGAAAACACGUUCUCAACUGCAGAAUCCUGUCCGGUAAACAUGUUGGUGAUAUGGUGUUCAUUCCUAGAAUGACUUUGGUACCGUCCAACUCUGCAUUGCCUAUUAAAUUCCAGCGACGUCAGUUUCCGUUAAUGGUAUCAUUCGCAAUGACAAUCAAUAAAAGUCAAGGACAAACUCUUUCUCACGUGGGCCUGUACUUGCCGAGACCUGUUUUCAGUCACGGACAGCUCUAUGUCGCACUCUCGAGGGUUAAGAGUCGAAGUGGCAUAAAGAUUUUGAUUAACUCGGAAUCUGGUGAUACGACCAACGUUACAAAUAAUGUUGUAUACAAGGAAGUUUUUCAGCGUAUAUGA